AUGGACAUCGACAGGAUGAAGCGCAAAAGGGCCGUGGUGCGAACGUCAACAACAAAGCUGCUCAAUGACAUCGCUACCAUGGAGGACGACGCGUCACUCGGUGAGCUUGAAGAAAAGAUCAACCUUCUCACCCUUAAGGAAGACUCACUCAAAGAGCUAGAUCGGGAAAUUGAGAUUGGCGUAGAAGAUGAUGCAUUAGAAGAGGAAAUUGCAUGCUCCGAGAACUAUAAAGAAAAGAUCAACGUAGCAAGGACUAAAGUACAGCUCAUGCUACGUGAGCUUAGCUGCACUAACGCCGCAUCAGUGAGCGCUUCGCUAGAUCGCACCUCAAGUUCCUCAGAUCAAAGAGAAUCUAGCCGUAACAUCCCGCAAGUAACCCCCACAGUAAAGCUGCCAAAACUAGAGAUAGCAAAGUUCAACGGCGAGCUUCGACAGUGGCAAGGCUUUUGGAGUCAGUUCGACACGACAAUAAACGCUAACCACCACCUGUCAAACGUGGACAAGUUCAAGUACCUGAACAGUUACUUAACAGGAAAAGCAGCGGCUGCUGUUGCGGGUCUUGAUUUGUCCGACGGAAACUACGAAGUUGCGCUCUCGCUGUUAAAGGAAAGGUUCGGUCGUAAAGAAGCCAUAAUCGAGGAUCACAUGUCCAGACUGCUCAAUAUCAAGUCAGUGCGUGACUCGCGGAACCUCAGCCAACUUCGGAGCCUCGUUGACGAAGUAGAGAGAGGUGUACGGAGCCUCACUUCUCUUGGCGUCGGUGUCAGCACGUACGGAGCUCUGCUCCUGACAGUAGUAAAGAAGGCGGUGCCUGCGGACCUUCAUCUCGAAUACUGUCGACGAAAGGGCGCUACUACAGGAGGCAGUGAACUGGAGGCAUUUGCGCAUUUUUUGAGAGUCGAGGUAGAGGCACGGGAGAUUAUACAGCGGGCCGAAACACCAAGGGGCAUGUGUGUAGAAUCGUCUGUCGAAAACCGUAACAGCACCUUUAAAGCGGCGAGAAUGUCUUCAGCCGCUGCACUGCAUACCAUGACCAAGGAGAGAAAAGGGUGUCUGUUUUGUUCGUCAGGGUGCCACGAAAGCGGUGACUGCGAUGCAGAGAUGUCGGCAGCUGAUAAAAGAGAAAUGCUGAAGCGUGAGAAUAGAUGUUUCCGCUGCACAGUAAAGGGGCACACGUCAAGAGAGUGCCGUAAGGCCAAAUGGCUCAGGUGUGCCAACUGUAGCGGAAAACACCUCACGGCUAUGUGUGAUCCUGAUUUCAGAGAAUACCGUGGCAGUGGUGAACAGAAUGCAUCCUCUCCACCAGCGACAGGACAAGCCACAGUGCUAAAGUCUUCUCUAGGCUCAGAGGAGAAAUUUAUGUGCAUGGAGGGGCAUCAGUUUCUUCUGCAAACAGCACGAGCUUGGACAGUGGGACCGCACAAAAGUACGCUUGUCAGGCUUCUCCUAGAUGGUGGCAGUCAAAGGACGUUCAUCCAUCGCAAGUUGUCUGAAAGACUGCAGUUGAACGUGCUUGGGGAAGAGGAACUUAAAAUCUAUGCCUUCGGCGACAAGUCCGCUAUAACCCGCACUAAAGCGCGUCUGGUCGAGCUGUGGCUGCAAAGCCAGUACGACGGGAAAAGGGCGCGAGUGGAGGCCCUCGAAGUUCCCUGCAUCUGCGCAGAUAUAAUGGCUGCGCCUUUAAGUCAGUUCUUCUGGAACUUUCGAAAUUUGGCUUGCCAGUCGCGGACGUCGCGCAGGGUGACGGAAGUGAAAACAUUGAUCUUCUGA